GGAAGCCGCACCCCCGCCUCCGGGGCCGGCCGGGCGCAGUCAUCCCCUAGGCCCCCCCGCCCCCGCCUUCAGGCGCAUCCCGCCUCCGCCGGGCCCCUGAUUGGCGCCGGUGGCCUCGGCUCCCCCCUCCGUCUCACUCCCCGUCCCGCCGCCGCCAUGAACCCGCUGUUCGGCCCUAACCUCUUCCUCCUGCCGCAGGAGCAGCAGGGGCUGCCGGGCUCCGAGCUGCCGCCAUCGCCCGGCCCGCGGCCCGCCGAGACGCUGGGGGGGGAGCUGGGCGCCCCGCCGCCCGCAAGCCCCUUCCCGCCGCCGCCCGCCGCCAUGGCCCUCCGCAAUGACCUGGGCUCCAACAUCAGCGUCCUGAAGACGCUGAACCUGCGGUUCCGCUGCUUCCUAGCCAAGGUCCACGAGUUGGAGCGGCGCAACCGGCAGCUGGAGAAGCAGCUGCAGCAGGCACUGGAGGAGGGGAGCGGCGGCGGUGUGGGAGGAAACCGGGGCCGCGGACCCCCGCGCCGUGACCAGGCGGUGCAGACCGGCUUCGUCGGCCCCAUCCGCACGCUGGGGCUGGGGCUGGGGGCAGCCCGGGCGCUGGGUACCCCCGGCUGCCGCUCCGGUGCCCCCACACAAACGCUUCCUCAUUUCUCGGCCGGCUCCCGCUUCAUGCCCGGCACUAUCUGGUCCUUCUCGCAAGCCCGACGGCUGGGGCCCGGGCCGGAAACCACCCUGGUGCAGGGCCCGGGGGUCUCCUGGGUCCACCCCGACGGGGUGGGUGUGCAGAUCGACACCAUCACCCCGGAGAUCCGUGCCCUCUACAACGUCCUGGCCAAGGUGAAGAGGGAGCGCGACGAGUACAAGCGCAGAUGGGAAGAGGAGUACACUGUGCGUGUCCAGCUGCAGGACCGGGUGACUGAGCUGCAGGAGGAAGCUCAGGAGGCUGAAGCCUGCCAGGAGGAGCUGGCCAUGAAGGUGGAGCAGCUCAAGGCAGAGCUUGUUGUCUUCAAGGGACUGAUGAGCAAUAACAUCACAGAGCUAGACACCAAGAUCCAGGAGAAAGCCAUGAAGGUGGACAUGGACAUCUGCCGUCGCAUCGACAUCACUGCCAAGCUGUGCGACGUGGCGCAGCAGCGCAACUGCGAGGACAUGAUCAAGAUGUUUCAGAAGCAGCUGGUUAGUUCCAUUCAGUUUGGAGAGUGUGCACAGUUUGAACUUUCAGUUAAUAAGUCUCUGCACUUGUCUCCUGUUAAGGUCCCAGCCUCGGUGGGGCGGAAGCGGGAGCGCAAGCAGGUCAGCGACGAGGACACCUCGCUGUCAGAGAGCGAUGCCUCCCGCAGGCCCGAGGAAGAGGAGGAGGACGAGACCACGGCCAUGAGUAUCAAUGAGGAAAUGCAGAGGAUGCUGAACCAGCUGAGGGAGUAUGACUUUGAGGAUGACUGUGACAGCCUCACGUGGGAGGAGACAGAGGAAACGCUGCUCCUCUGGGAGGACUUCUCUGGAUACGCCAUUGCAGCCGCAGAGGUGCAGGGGGAGCAGGACGACAGCCUGGAGAAGGUGAUCAAGGACACAGAAUCACUGUUCAAGAGCCGCGAGAAGGAGUACCAGGAAACCAUCGACCAAAUAGAGCUGGAGCUGGCCACAGCCAAGAACGACAUGAACCGGCACCUGCAUGAGUACAUGGAGAUGUGCAGCAUGAAGCGGGGCCUGGACGUGCAGAUGGAGACCUGCCGCCGCCUCAUCACCCAGUCUGGGGACAGAAAGUCUCCUGCCUUCACCCCAGCCUCCAACAGUGACUCAGCCCCGAAUGAGGAGAGCGAGGAGUCCGACCGCGACCCCCCCAGCGACGCUUCCAUCAGAUAAUGAGGGAAGGCCCAACUCACUCAGACCCCUGUCCUGGCACAGGGGUGCCUCAGUCAUGCCUGAGAAAGACUGUCAGGGACCUGGAGCCACUGGUAAACAUCUGCUGCCCAGGCUUAUUCCUGCUGUGGGGUACCUGGCAGAUGUGGCACCCUCUCACCGCCAGGAUACCUUGCAAAUGGGAGCAGCUAGACAGACCGGGGCGCCCUUGCCUGGGCUGCUCACGCUCCAGCCCUUCCUCUCUUCCCUUCCCCUGCUUUGGUUAAACCACAGCUCAGGCAGGGAGGCUCCAAACCUGCCAUGGCAGCGUUCUCCAGGACCUGUCCCCAGCCCUCCGAGACCCACCUCUUCUGGCCUCUGUCCUGGCACACUUGCCUGCUGCCCUCCCUGCACCAGAUGGAGCCAAACGACAGAUGUACCUCCCUGCAAACUGGACCUGACACUGGUGCCAACUGGACCGAGCCUGGGGCUCUCUUUGGCCUUGCUUCUGUCCAGGUGCCUGGCUGGUGCCUCUGCUGUGCUGGGCACCCCGAGUCCCCCUCACUGUGCACUUGCUUUGCCCUCACGUCAGCGACACGCCUGGGCCUGUGUCACAGGGUGAGGGGACAUUAAACAGGACAGCUUCCUUUUCUACAGCUUU